AAAUGCUAUCCAUCCGUUGGAAAGAAGAAAAAAAGUUAUUCCCCAUUGCUGUCUUCCUGCUUCGAAUCCUCUUGAAUGUGACCUGCUUUGCGCCCAUAUACGUCCCCCACCUCCGAGGCCAAAGGACCUCUCGAGCAGGCUUCACUCUCCUUGCACAUACACACUCUCUCCCCCAGCGAGCAUUGAAGUAUUUCAGCUUCUUUCCCCUUUGUUGUUGCUAUUCUCAUCUUCUUCAACAGCCACCCUUGCCUUGGUCAUACUUGGCUAAGACAUACUUCUGGCUCUUUUGAAAGGCGGUUCCUUCAGAUCUUGUGUACCCGGUUCCGCUGAAUAACUGGUGACGACCGCUCUCGUCUUUUCCCCUUUUCUUCUUUUUUUCUUUCUUUUCUUCUACUUCCUCUCCUUUGCCAACAUCAUGGCGGACGGCGGAGAAUACCAUGCCUCGCCCAGCAAUGCCCAGGGCGGCGACGACGUUGCCCACCCGGGCCACAAGGGGUCGCUCGAAGACAUCCCUCCUCUCGAUAAGGUCGAGUCCCUGCUGCGCUCCAGGGCCAACACGCCGAACCCUUUCAGCCGACAGCACACGAGCUUAGAUCUCGAUGAUUACUUUCACGGUCCACGAGAUAUUCUCAAGCAUUCAAAAUGGCCCAUGUUCAUGCGGAUGCAUGGUAGUAUCCUACCGAAGAUGAUUGUACCGCUCUUCAUCCUGGGGGGUUGGGCGACAUGCAUAACAUGCAUCUCGGAAUUCACCCGGGUACAGUGUAACUCGAUUCUUCUCACCGUGACCGGUUUCGUCGUCAGUCUGGGCCUGAGCUUCCGGAACUCCAGUGCCUACGAGCGUUAUAUGGAAGGUCGGAAAUACUGGGCCCAGAUCAUCCUGUCGUCGCAGAACCUCGCACGUGUGUUCUGGCUGCAUGCCAAAGAACGCCCAGACAGCAAGGACAAGGACAUACUUGCCAAAUUGACCGCGCUCAACCUCAUCACCGCCUUUGCCGUCGCAGUCAAGCACAAGCUUCGCUUUGAGCCGUACACCAACUACGAUGACAUAACGAGCCUCGUGGGCCACCUGGACACCUUUGCCCUCCAUGCGACUCACGAUACCCCCGAUCUGGCUUCGCUCCGCCGUCAGAACAAAUUCAAGGCUACUGGCGAGUACCUGGGCAUCUCCUUCGCCGCCAGCAACCCACGCAAGGCCAUCAAGAAGGCCACGCGACCCCUUGGCAACCUUCCUCUCGAGAUCCUGAGCUACCUCGCCAGUUUUCUGGACGAGAUCAUCGAGAACGGCCAGCUCACCGUCCCCAUGCAGCAGACCCUGGCUUAUAACAAUAUUGCGGCGCUGAACGAUGCCCUCGUCGGUACCGAACGAGUCCUCACUACUCCGCUCCCGAUUGCUUACGCCAUCGCCAUCUCGCAAAUCACCUGGGUCUACUGCUUUCUGUUGCCCUUCCAGCUCUACUCGAACCUGCACUGGGUGACGAUUCCCGCAACAGUGGCCGCGGGGUACAUCAUUCUGGGCCUGCUCUUCAUCGGACGGGAGAUCGAGAACCCCUUUGGCGAGGAUGUCAACGACCUGCCGCUCGAGAACUACUGUGCGCAGAUCGCCGCGGAGAUGGACGUCAUCGCAGCCAGGCGCAAGCCUCGCAAUGUGGAGUGGAUCGAGACGAUCGACAACAAGGUCCUGUGGCCCCUCAGCCAGAGCGGCUGGAAUGUGUGGAUGCACAGGGGCGAGUCCAAGCUGCGUGAGGCGCUCAAGGCCAAGACCGAGCUCGGCUUCGAGGAUCGCCAGCCCGACACCAUCAACACGGGGAAGACGAGCGGUACAGAGAAGACUGAGGCCACGUCAGAAACCACGGCUGUGCACAGCGUCUGAAACAGAAAGAGAUGCAUUGCCCCGGUGGUGGCCAGGGAAGGUAGAUGCAACUCUGCACAUAUUUGGGCAGAGUUGCGGUGUGAUGGCCAGACGUUAGUAAUGGGGUCAGAUGAGAGGCAUUGGAGCGACAAGGGAGUCGUACAAGUCUCAGAUGCCCUCGACAAUCGGCCGCCGAGAUCGUUCUGGACCCUUUUUCUUUUCCACUUAAUAUCUGUUUUGUUAUGGCUUUGAAGGAUCGAACACCGAGUGUGCUGGCAAACAAGUCAUUCGCCCAUGGCAAGACCAACCGAUUUUUCCCCCCUUCUUUUUAUUUCUUUUGUGUUCCCUUUCGGCUGGCGAUGGCAUUACAAAAUCGGCACGGUAUGGCACGGAACUAUGGUUUUGGCGUUUUCUUUUACACAAUUGCAGGGCAUCUUAAAACAAGAAGACUGGACAAGCGAGCGGUCCCGGAACUCUGACGAGAUCGGGAACGACCACAAUAUACACGUUCGUGCUGUCAUGGGAGAGAGCACUCUUGCAAUAUUUGUAAAUUGCGGGGUCGGUGACACGAUCAAUAAACUAUUACAGAGAC